AUGCAUUACAUCGCCGAUCACUACAAGUUCGUGCUCAAGACGGUCUUUGAGACAGAGAAGAACAUCAACCACGCGAUCCUAAUCGAGGAGGACAUGGUGAUGGCGCCAGACGCGCUCGCCUACUUCGAGGCUACUGCUCCCCUGCUCGACUCAGAUGCAACGCUCAUGUGCGUCUCCUCUUGGAAUGAUAACGCAUACAUGCACAUGGACAUGGACGAGAAAACGCUUCAUCGCACUGACUUCUUUCCUGGAUUGGGUUGGAUGCUCCGAAAGGAACUGUGGAUGGAUGAGCUCCGACAUAAGUGGCCCAUGCACAGGUGA